AUGCAGCUCUCCAAGUUCCUCCCCGCUUUCGCAUUUUCUGCCACCGCUUAUGCGCAGAACCCCUUCACGUUCCCAGGGGAUAUCGGUACCAUCCGCGCCGGUUCUCCGUUCAACAUCACCUGGGCACCUUCACCCGCGACAGUCAGUGUGACUCUCGUGCUGAGACAGAGUCUGGGAGAUGUGAACAAUUUGGCGACGAUUGUGACGAUUGCUGGUAUGUUUUCCACUUCCUUUUCCCUCUCCCCUACAUCUCAUCUUCUCACCCACACAUCUUGAGGAUGUGAGAAGGAGGGUCCUAUACACAUCACGAGAAAGAACGAUAGGAAGCUAACAUGUAUGAUAUAGCCAACCUCCCCAACAACGGCUGCUACACCUGGACACCAGAUGCCGCUCUGCCAAAGGGCAGCGGCUACGCCUUCCAAAUCGUCGACGACGCAAACGAAGAUCUCACUACUUACUCCUCCCAAUUCACCCUCGACACUCCCACCACACACGGCUACCCAAUCAACGAGGUCCUUCCCAGUCCCCCAGCCCACCCAGCGGCGACCCCAGAGCCCACUCCCGCACCCUUGCAUCCAUACGGGGAGGCACCUCCUACCAAACCAUAUAAAGAGGCACCUCCCGCCAAACCAUAUGGGGAGGUUCCUCCUGCCAACACCGAAACCAAGCCCUAUGCUGCUCCACAGGUUACUCCCGAGGUCACUCCCGAGGUCGCUCCUAAUCCAGUCCCAGAGGGUUACCCCCAGGUUACUCCAGAGGUUACGCCGGGGGUGAAGCCUACUCCUCAGCUGGAUUAUACGCCUGGGUACCCAGUGUUGCCUACUACCACGGCUGGUCCCCGCUUGAAUCGCACGACUACUGCUGGUACGCCGUUGGCGACUGCUACGGGUGCUGCUGCGGGAUUGAGCGUUGGGAAGGCGGGGGUUUUGGCGUUGGGAUUGGGGGGGUUGGUUGUUUUGUUGUAGAGAUGAGUGGAGUGUAUGGGGGGUUUUUCU